CACCAUGUCGUUCUCUGAAGCAGAGGUGCAAAGUGCCCGUGGUGCCUGGGAGAAGAUGUAUGUGGAUGCUGAGGACAAUGGGACAGCUGUGCUGGUCAGGAUGUUUACCGAGCACCCAGACACCAAGUCCUACUUCACACAUUUCAAAGGCAUGGACUCUGCCGAAGAGAUGAAACAGUCGGAUCAGAUCAGAGGCCAUGGCAAGAGGGUUUUCACCGCCAUCAAUGACAUGGUGCAACACCUGGACAACUCUGAGGCUUUUCUUGGGAUAGUGAACCCACUUGGCAAGAAACAUGCCACCCAGCUGAAGAUCGACCCCAAAAACUUUAGGAUUAUCUGUGACAUUAUCUUGCAACUGAUGGAGGAGAAAUUUGGCGGAGAGUGCAAAGCUUCCUUUGAGAAGGUAACCAAUGAAAUCUGCACUCACCUGAACAAUGUCUACAAAGAGGCAGGUUGGUGAGGAUGUGAAACCUCCAGGCUCUUCUAACGUCUCACCAGCACUGAUUUGCUGGUUUUGGUCCUUCAGCCACAGUUGGAAGAAUGAAAAAGU